AUGCUCAGCUGGUCAGUCUUCCCCUGGUGCCGCGGGUUUCGAAUCCCAUCCACGGUGGUCCUGACACUAAUCUACAUUGUCUACGUGCUGGCUGGUGGUGCCAUCUUUUGGAAGCUUGAGGGAGAUGUGGCCUUCAAGUACAUCACAGAGAUGGAGUCCAAGAAGGUCGAGGUGCUCAGCAAGUUCACCUGCAUCGACAGGGACUCCAUGAAUGGCCUCGCCCAGGUUAUUAUUCAGUCCUACAAAAAUGGGAUCAGCCUCACGGACAACCUGACCAUUCAGGGCUUCUGGAGGUACAGCAGCUCAGCUGUGUUUGCUGCCACAGUGGCCACAACAAUAGGCUACGGAAACAUGGCCCCCAGCACUCCGGACGGCCAGAUCUUUUGCGUCUUCUUUGCGCUUUUCGGGAUCCCCCUCAACAUGGUGGUGCUGAACAGAAUUGGCAAGUACAUGCUGUCCAUGGAGAAGAAGGUCAGCGCUUCUGUCGGCAGGAAGAUCAACUGCCAGCGCACCUUGCGGGUUGCCAUCGGCUUGCUCUCUUUCCUGGCCGGACUGAGUUUCUUCUUCUGCGUGCCCACCGUGCUCUUCCACGAGUAUGAAGACUGGACCUACCACCAGGCGUUCUAUUACUCCUUCAUCACUCUCAGCACCAUCGGCUUUGGGGAUCUGGUCGCAGGUAUUAACCCCGACGUGACCUAUCCGUCCUGGUACAGAGACUUCAUGGGCUUUUGGAUUUUCUUUGGCUUGGCUUGGCUGGCCCAGGUCAUCAACUUCUGUAUCAACAUGCUGGAAGAUCUGAGCAGCCACCUCAAGCAGAAGCAGGCCGCCUUCCUGGAGAGGAAAGCACUGGAGGAAACCAUACAGGAGCAGCUGCCGUCUGAUCACGAGGACAACAAGGAGGACGCGAAAGACCCCAAAACGUGCACACAGAAGGCCAGCAACACGACGCAGUGAAGCCGUGAAGACACUGAACUGAAUCCCCCCGAUCAUCUCAACCCUCCUCACCUCUCUGGUCUGCGCAUCUGACAGCCUCCAGGGGUCAAGACCACCCACGGACAUCAUCUGGGCAUCCAGACCUCCACCAUCUCACAG